GUUGCAGCAGGACAUCCUUUUUGUAUUAAAAGGGUUGGAAAAAAAUAAAAUAAUAAUAAUAACAAUCAAAACAUUAUUAAUUUAUUUUCAGCAUUUUUAUUUCCGUGUUUGUAUUUCUUACAUUAAAAAAAACUACAUUUCCCGUCAGAAAUCGCAUUACACAAUCCUUACACUACUUCCUGGAAGGAAAUUUCAAAAUAAGAUAAUUUUAGCAUGUUGGCUGCGAUGAGAUCGACUAGAAACCUCGAACCGGCUUUUAUUUUGAAAUCGGGGUCAUUCCUCCGUGUUUCGUCGAUCCCUGGCGGAGCCACCGAUCGCCUUUGAACCGGGGGGGAUGUAACACCGUAUGAACGGUUCGGCUUCAGGUAACAGUCCGCCGCGAUGAGGCUCCGUUUGGCCGGAGCCGUGCUGCUGUCGGCGGCCGCCUACUACGUCUACCUGCCGCUACCGAGCGGCGUCAGCGAGCCGUGGAAGCUGAUGCUGCUGGACGCGCUGUUCCGGAGCUUCAUGCAGGCGAGCGACAUGGCUCAUGUGGUGGGCAUGUGCCACCGGGUGCACCUGUUGAACCGGGUGGUGUCCUGGGUGGAGGACAUCGAGGCUCGCUCCUGCCCCGCCGUGCACGUGACCGACUCCACGCUGGGCGGCGUGCCCGCCAGAGUCUUCCAGCCGAAGGGAGGCAGGCAGCUGAAGAGGGGAGUCAUUUAUUUCCACGGCGGAGGAUGGGCGCUCGGCAGCGGACGGAUGCGAUCAUACGACCUUCUUUGUCGGAAAAUGGCGGCGGACCUGGACUCUGUCGUCAUGUCUGUUGAUUACCGUCUGGCUCCGGAGGCGGUGUUCCCGGAUCAGUACCACGACGCGUUGGCGGCGUCCCGGGCGUUCCUGUCGGCUCCGGUGUUGGAGCGCUACGGCAUCGAUCCGGAGAGGCUGUGUGUGUCCGGGGACAGCGCCGGGGGAAACCUGGCCGCCGCUGUGGCACAGGAGCUCGGCUCAGACGACGGUGUGGCGGUGAAGUUCAAGCUGCAGGCGCUGAUCUACCCGGUGCUGCAGGCGCUCGACUUCUACACGCCGUCCUACCAGCAGAACCGGGCCGUUCCCAUCCUCUACAGGCCCUACAUGGCUCGUUUCUGGCUGCAGUACCUGGGCGCCGACACGUCCCUGGAGCCGCUGCUGCUCGCCAACAACCACAGCGCCCUGGACCAGCCGGCCAUCAGCGCCAGCACGCGCUCCAAGCUGGACUGGACCGCUCUGCUCCCGGCCGAACGCAGGAAGCACUUCCGGCCGGUGGUGAAAGAAACGGGAACGCCGGGAGUGAUGGGUGAAGUACCGGAGCUGAUAGACGUGAGGGCGGCGCCGCUGCUGGCGGAGCCGGAGGUCUUGGGUCGGACGCCUAAAGCGUACGUGAUGACCUGUGAGUUUGACGUGCUGCGGGACGACGGGCUGAUGUACGUCAGGCGCCUGCAGGACGCCGGCGUCACCGUGACCAGCGAUCACUACGAGGACGGUUUCCACGGCUGCAUGGUGUUCGCGUUCCUGCCGAUGAUGUCGAGCGUCGGACAGAGAAGCAUGAACAGCUACAUCCACUGGCUGGACCAGAACCUGUAGACUAACAGGAGAAACUGUUUGUGGCACCAAAGAUGAACCGGAGCAGAGAGUCUGGUACUUCAGAGCUCCUAGUGGGAUCUACGAUGAGAAGACAUGUCUUUGUUAAUUGAAUUUUUUUUGGUGGUGGUAAAAAAAUAACCUGUAACCAAAACGGUCACAGGUUUAAGCUACUGUAUUUUAACUUCUGCAGCUUCUGCAUCUUACGUAACAUUUAAAACCAAGAACUCG